AUGGCCCGAUUGGCCCGAUUCUGGGAUUCCCUGGAAAAUGAUAACUUAUUUGAUAUCGUCCCGCAACCUCCAAAACCAACUGCAGCCCGAUUCCAGCAACAAUGGCUAACGAGUCUAGCCAAUGCAAGAGACGACGAAUUACAGACAAUUCUAUAUGCGAAACCACUUCUUCCAACACCUGAAUCAAUUGUACAUUUACCCGAUGAAGAAUUUUAUGGAGCCAAGAAAAUCUCCGUCGGCUACAGCAAAUCAAUGAUUUCCACUUCAUUGGGCAACCUAUCAGCACCACCAAAACCUCAAAGGAGGAUCGCAAGGCUUCGAAGUGUGGCGAAUGAUUGUGCAGCAAGUCUUCCACAGUUACUAGAAAAGAAUACAAUUUCGGAAAUGAUGAAUAACAAUCUUGGAGAGAAAUCUAAUGCAAGCAGUACUACUUUGUGUUCCUCUGUACAUGCAGAAUCUUGCCCAACGGACACUGAAGACGCAAUAAUUCGAAAUAUCAAGUUGCCCGGAUUCCGUGGAAACAUUUCAAGAGCUCUCAGUCAAAAGAGCAAUUCUCCAUCUGGUUGUCGAACACCAACUCCGCGAACUGCUCCGCCGUCUUAUGAACAAUUUCAAGUUUUGAGAAGAAAUUCUAUGAAAUCGAGCAAUCCUUCAUUAUCUCAAAAGAACGGAAUUCUUUCUCCUCAACCAACGAAUCCAUCUUCGUCAAGAUCAAACACAGUAACAGUGAACGGAGUUCACGUUCAACAAGCGAUGAACAGAAUAGAUACAAGUACCGACAGUGCCAACACAAUCCUUCGGUCUCCAUACAGCACUCGUUCUGACAGUAUCACAAGUGUUGAUUCAGGACAAUGCUCAGGAGAUCAAAUCGAGAGAAGAUCACUGUGCUCAAUCAGACAAGAAAGUAAGGAGGAAGAUGACACUGGAAUGCCGAGUUAUGCAAGAAUGGCGAGUACAAUGGACCAUGUUCUUCGGACAUCUUCUGCAUUGUACACUCUUCUUUCUUCACCUCUCGAUCCAAGCAUUUGCAGAGAUUUGCUGGCGAAGUCGUCAGUAUUCAUACAACUUUUGGAAUCAUCGCCAUGCUCGAAUUACCUUCCGAAAACUGAAAUUGCAAGACUGAAACUGAAUGUUCAAGAGUUACAAAAAAAUCGAGACAAGGGAACAAUAGAUAUGAACAAUAUGACCAACUUCUUUGCUAUUCUUCUCCGUAAAUCUAUUGAAUCAGUGCUCUUGGUUUUUGUCAGAAUAAUCGGAAAAUAUCUGUCUGAAACCAAUGGAAAAGAUCGUCUCACUCCUAUUUGUCUGGAACAUCUCAUCCAUAUUUGUCUGUUUGGAGAUGAACUUUGUAUUGAGGCAAUCCAGAAAAAUUGUAUCUCAUCUGUGAUCAGAAUCAUGAAAAACGACCAACCACAAGAAAAUACGCUUCGAUUUCUUUUGAGAACUCUUGCGGUACUAUGUGGAGUUUCUAAAGGAGCUCUUGCUUUGCUUACACAAGGAGGACUUGAUUUGGUUGUGGACCGCCUUCUUUCCAUUUCCUCAUCGAUUUGUUCUGUAGAAGCUGCUGGAAUUUUGACUCAACUCACAAAUCCACAAUCUGCAUUUAUCCGUCUCAAUCAUGUUGAACCAAUUAUUUCCAGACUUCUAGAUCUGAUUGAUCAAUGUAAAUCUGGUGAUUCUCUAUUGUUGGCUACUGCUGCCUUGAACAAUGUGACUCUUCAGAAUCCCAACGGAGUGGAUAUCAUGUACAGAAACAAUGUCAUCCGCCGUUUAAUCUCCGCAUAUAAUCGUGAGAACUGUGCCACUAUUUUCGUACAGGAGCAAAUCGUAACCGCUUUUUCCCGCCUUGCCGCCCGUCACCUUGAUCAUCAAAUGGUCGAACAAAACUCAAUUCCAGUUCUUCUUGAAUUCCUAUCUCUUACUCAUCCAGUUCAUGCGGAUUACUGUAGAAGGAUACGGUACAAAGCUGCAGUUUGUAUUGGAACUCUUGCAAAUAGUGAUGUUGGGCUCAAAGCCUUAUAUGAUAACAAUGCAUACGCAAUACUGAGCAAUGUGUUAUACGAUGACAACAAUACUUCCAAUCCGUUCAACAUGAUUUGUAAUAAUAUUCGCACAAAAUUGGAAUCGAAAUACCAAUCUGAAAGUGCAGUCUAA